UUCCUCCGGGUGCAGCCUGUGAUUGGUAACGGUUCAGGGGAGUCUGCCAUUUUACACGGGACUGCUAAGGCUAGCUGCGUCUCCGGUGACAGGCACAACUUCUUCACCUGUGCUGUCAGUAGCCGGCUACUUUGCUUAAGUACAGCAUGCUUAACGCUGUGUCGUGAGCAAAUAUCCCCAAAGACGUCCUGUCUUAAGCACAAGUCAAAUUAACAGUGGCGUAAGCAAACGGUAGUGCAAGGCCGGGAUGGACAACCUGGACCCUGAAACUCUGUACGUCUCUCCAGAGGAGACCCUACCGCUCUCUGCCCCGGAGGUCUCCAGCUUGGCACUAGUGGGUGCGAAGAAGAUGAAUGGGUCUCUGGACCACCCUGACCAACCAGAUGUUGAUGCCAUUAAGAUGUUCGUGGGACAGAUUCCCCGGUCCUGGUCCGAGGAGCAGCUUCGCGAGCUGUUUGAGCCUUACGGAGCGGUCUAUGAGAUAAACGUUCUCCGAGACCGCAGUCAGAACCCGCCUCAGAGCAAAGGCUGCUGUUUUAUAACGUACUACACUCGCAAAUCAGCCCUGGAGGCCCAGAAUGCACUGCACAACAUGAAGAUUCUCCCAGGGAUGCACCACCCAAUCCAGAUGAAGCCAGCUGACAGUGAGAAAAACAACGCUGUGGAGGACAGGAAGCUUUUCAUCGGAAUGAUCUCCAAGAAGUGUAACGAGAACGACAUCCGGAUGAUGUUCUCAGCAUACGGGCAGAUAGAGGAGUGCCGGAUCCUCCGAGGGCCUGAUGGACUCAGCCGGGGUUGUGCCUUUGUGACAUUCACAGCAAGACAGAUGGCCCAGUCAGCCAUCAAGUCCAUGCACCAGUCCCAAACCAUGGAGGGCUGCUCAUCGCCCAUCGUGGUGAAGUUUGCAGACACCCAGAAGGACAAGGAGCAGAAGCGAAUGGCCCAACAGCUGCAGCAGCAGAUGCAGCAGCUCAGUGCUGCUUCCAUGUGGGGAAACCUCACCGGGCUCAACAGCCUGGGCCCGCAGUACCUGGCACUCUACUUGCAGCUGCUGCAGCAGUCUGCGUCUACGGGGAGCGCUCUCAACAACUUGCACCCGGUCUCAGGUCUUAAUGCCAUGCAGAACCUGGCUGCUUUAGCGGCAGCAGCGAGUGCCACACAGGCCACGCCCACGGGCUCCAGCGCCAUGACAACAUCUAGUAGCCCCCUCAGUGCACUCACAAGCUCAGCAGGCUCCUCCCCCACCUCCAGCAGCAACUCGUCAGUCAACCCCAUGGCUUCUCUGGGUGCCCUGCAGUCUCUGGCUGCCAGUGCUGGAGCCGGCCUCAACAUGGGCUCCCUGGCAGGCAUGGCAGCACUGAAUGGCAGCCUCGGUUCCGGAGGCCUGUCCAAUGGGUCUGGGAACACCAUGGAGGCCCUGAGCCAGGCGUACUCCGGCAUCCAGCAGUAUGCCGCUGCCGCCCUCCCCAGCCUCUACAACCAGAGCCUGCUGUCCCAGCAGAGUGUCUCAGCCGCAGGCAGCCAGAAGGAAGCCAGCCACAGUCGCAGCUCCGGUCCAGAAGGUGCCAACUUGUUCAUUUACCACCUGCCCCAGGAGUUUGGGGACCAGGAUCUGCUCCAGAUGUUUAUGCCCUUUGGAAAUGUCAUCUCUGCUAAAGUCUUCAUCGACAAACAGACGAACCUCAGCAAGUGUUUUGGCUUUGUGAGCUACGACAACCCAGUCUCAUCGCAGGCCGCCAUCCAGUCGAUGAAUGGCUUCCAGAUCGGCAUGAAGAGGCUGAAGGUGCAGCUGAAGCGCUCAAAGAACGACAGCAAGCCUUACUGACGGCACACUUGGUUAGGCAGGGUGGACUUGUGGUAAGUUGAGGAUGAACAGCCCAGCCCAGACCGGUCCACUCAGAAACCCAUCUGUGCAUUACAGGCAUAGUCUGCUGCGCUGCCCCUUGUGGUCGUUCUAAGCACUGCGGGCACCGGCUCACUGGAGUAGUUCUCAGGCUGGACGGCUUUCCUCGGUUUCACCUUGUGCUUUAUCACCUGGGUUUCACCUUGUGCUUUAUCACCUGGGUCUCACCUUGUGCUUUAUCACCUGGGUCUCACCUUGUGCUUUAUCACCUGGGUUUCAGUUUGAAACAAGUGUAUUUUCAUUUCAGUUGCCAUGUUAUCAGUUUGCUGUGUACUGUGUGCUGUGUACAUAAUACACAAAUGAGUUGUUAGUUUAUGUUGCACAUUGACAGUCGGGUCAGAUGAGUGCCAAAUCCAGUGAAUCUUCACUUCCUGUUCACCUUCCCAAUGUAGCCCCCCACCCCCUCACCCGGAAAUCAGGCCCCAUUUAGUCAGUGAACAGAAACACCCAAAGCGAUUUCUUUUACGUUGUCACAAGCCAAGGUGGUUUGUAUUAGUUCUCUGUAUUUUCUGCGAGUGCUGAGGCCCAGGAGCCUGCGUCGCUCCCAAGAGGAGCUCCACUAGAACAUGCACACGCAGCGCUACGUCUGUCCGUAGCACACAUUGUUACUCUGCAUGCACUCCGUGACACACGCAUCGACGAGUCCCAUCCGCUGCCAAAUGCCAACGUUGAUGCGGCUACACAUUUGCAUGUGGAAUUCAUCGUAUUUUCCUUAAUGAGGAUGCGGUUGGAAGUUUCCUCGAGGACCACAUCCAGCAUGUUUCAGUGGUGCUCCUCCUGUGCUGCCGUACUAGUGACAGAGGUCAGAGGUCCGAGGUCAGGCCUCAGCAUCCCUCAGUCUAGAGGGUUACACCACUGUGAUUGGAUCAUUCAUAUAAAUGUCACAUGGCUCUGGACAGCAAGACAUGUUUUUAUUUAUUUCUUUGAAGGAGGAACCGAGACAAUUGUUGAGAUGUAUAUUUAAACUAUUAUGCCUUUUCUAUUUUUAUAUAGGUUUUAUACUUCUCCUGUGUGCUGGGGAACUAUUUAUUGCCUUAAUUAUUUAUCUGAAUUGAAAUCCAUUUCAAAAAACAAUGUAUAGAGCAACAGUUUGAUCUCCUGGUGUGUGCGUGCUCUCCUUUCCUGUCGUGUGUGUUCUCCUGCGCGUGAUGUGUACUGUGUGUCGCUGUGGCAUGGACUGUGUGUGUAGGAUCCAUCAGCGCUGCUACAGAACCCCCUCACUGUCAUUCAUGCCUUCAUCCAAAUAAAAUCCUCUUUUUCCAAAAACACACAGAGCCCUAGGUAUUGUCUUUCUCCACAGCAGCUGGUCUCGAGCAGUGCUUGUUUUGUGUAUCGGUCCCAUUCAGCCCCUGUUCUGUUGGUGCUGUGUACCAAGGCAUGAGUGUGGAUCAGGGACUGAUCCAGCUGUUCUUCUCGGGGGGGGGGAGUUGGCAGCAUUUGCACAAUGCUUGGCUGUGAUGUGAUGAUGUUUUUACAGUUUUUUCGUGUUUUGUUAAAUAAAAUAUCAUGGUAUGGCUGCCCCCCCCCCCCUCCAUGUCACAUGACACGUGUGUGUGUGUGUGUGUCACCUCACACAGCUGAUCCUUCUGGUUUCUCUUUCCUGUUCCUUUGCGGUUUAACCGAGGUUUGUCUCCCUGUGGUUUGUCUUUUUGUCCUUCUAGAUCUCUUCCUGUUCGUCCUAGCAUGUUGAUGUGACAGUCCGUCGUCCAGUCCUUGUCUCCUUCUGACGCUCCCACUUUCACCAUUGCCCUUGUGUUAGGCCUUAAGUUCCAGGAGGUUGUCUCUGUCCUCUGAGCACUAGAAGGACUGCAUUCAAAUCACCACGAGACAUCAAAGGAAUCUAUUUUUGUAGAACAGACUUUCAUAACCACCAGAUUCAUUUGGACUCUUUAUCCCAGUUUGUUUUUGUUGUGUUGUGGAGCAGUCCUCCCAGUGCCGCACCCCACCUCCACCCCCCCUUUGGUUUUGUUCACUAUUUGGAGUGUGUGCGUGCGUGCGUGCGUGUGUGUGUGUGUGUGUGUUCCUUUCAGCAUACUGCACGCACACGAUGCCCGGAGAGGAGACCUUUGUCUCAGCGUAUUCGGUGUGCUUGUUUGUUUUUGUUUGUUUUUUACAUAACUGAAAUGUUAUCUAAUUUGCGUUGAGUUAAAUGAUGAAUAAACUGGUGCCAAAUGUU